AUGGUAUAUUAUUAUCGCAAACAUUCAGCUAAAAUGUUUCUGAGGGAAAAGCCUAUCAAAGUUGGAUAUAAAAUUUGGUGUCUUACAAGUUCCAAUGGCUUUCUUUAUAAUUUUUCACCAUACUGUGGCAAGACUGACAACAAACAGGAGACUUUAGGUGCAAGGGUAAUAAAUGAACUAACCAGCAUGAUUCCAGAAUCAGAGUAUCCGAAUUGUAAGCUUUUCUUUGACAACUUUUUCACCAGUGUUGACACACUGAUCACACUCGGAAAGAGUAAAAUGAAAGCUGCAGGAACAAUAACAGAGAUCCGAACUAAUGCAUGUCCUUUGAUUGACUCGAAAAGAAUGUUCUACAAAAAGAUAUUCACGGGCAAAAAAAAAAAGGAAAUAUCUGUUACACUGCCACAUAUCAUUGAAGAAUACAAUGCCCAUAUGGGUGGCAUAUAUCUACUGGACAAGCAGAUAUCACUUUAUAGGACGAGGAUAAGGUCAAAGAAAUGGUGGUGGCCAUUAUUCACACAGAUGAUAUAUAUCUGCGUAGUAAACACAUGGCGUGCAUACCAAAUUGCUAACUCUAAUGAGAAGCUCUUACUUUUGGAUGUCCGACAGAGAAUAGUGAUGUUUUUUCUAUCAAAGAAAAAAGGAUCAGUACCAAAACAAAGAGGACCACAAGGAAGCAAAUUGAUGGGAGGACGGGUGAGCACAGAUGUACGACUAGAUCCAGGAAAUAUUUUCUUUGUGCCAAGUAAAACACAGAAGAGAUGUGCUUACUGCAAGAAAAAACAACAAAAAUUUGUGAUAGGUGCAAUGUUGGUGUACAUGACAAGUGUUUUGCUUCAUUUCAUACUGAAUAUACAUUCCAUAACAUUAAAAUAUUCUUUAUUUAAUAUAGAAGUGAAUUUAAAGCAGUAUUUGGAAUCUCUUCAUGCAAUAAACCAACAGUCUGCUGCUGAUUUAAUGAUUUCUGAGACACACUCUUCAAGACUGAAGUCAAUAAUGACAGCCACUACUGAAAGAAACUAG